AUGAAUAAUUGUUUAAUGAUAUGUUGUACAGUACAAAGCUAUGGUAAUAUAAGCGAUUCCGAGUUUAACAGAGAUGGUGACACACUUUUACACUUAGCUGUUAGAGGUGGACACCUCAACAUACUUAAAUGGUUAUUAGAAAUAACAGAGAUCAAUCCAAAUAGCGUAAAUAAGGAUGGUGACACUCUUUUACACUCAGCUGUUAGGGGUGGACACCUUAACAUACUUAAAUGGUUAUUAGAAAUAACAGAGAUCAACCCAAAUAGCGUAAAUAAGCAUGGGAACACUCCUUUUGACAUAGCUGCAGAAGAAGAACGAUUCGAAAUUUUAAAAUUGUUAUUAGAAAGAACAUCUUUAGAUCCUAAGAAAGUAUAUGAGGAUGGCAACACUGUUUUACACAAAGCUGUAAGGAGAGGAAAACUGGAAAUGGUCAAAUUGUUACUCAAAACAUCAAGUAUAGAUCCCAAUCAAGAGAAUAAGUGUAAAUGUGGUAAAACAGUAUGUUGGCGAGUCAGAACAGCCAGUUCACAUAAGAAAGAACGGCCAUCGUAG